AUCAUCAGUGAAAUCAUUGUUUCAGUCCGGGGCUUUCAUCUGCGUCGACCAAGACAUAGAGGUGAGAGACAUGGAGGACCUCAUUGCUGUACUCACGAGCUGGUCUGUGCAAUUUAUGGCAGCACUGGUUUUCCUGUACGUCCUGCUGAAGAGUUUCAAGAGAGUAAGAUAUACGGCCGGGAAACGACCUCCUGGUCCCCCAUCGUUGCCAUUGAUUGGCCAUCUCCAUCACCUUUUAUUCGGGUUGCCUCACCACUCCUUCACCAAAAUCGCUGAAAAAUAUGGACCCAUAGUGUGGCUGGAAGUGGGAGCUUUACGUCUUGUGGUUGUAACUUCUUCAGAUAUCGCCAGGGAGGUUUUGAAGACUCAAGAUCACAUAUUUGCGUCUCGCCCUCCAGGGAUUAUGACGGACCUGGUGUUCAACAAAGGUCAGGAUCUAGUAUUUAGUCCUUUGAAUGACAACUUUCGUCGAGCCCGGAAAGUGUUUACCACAGAACUUCUCUCACAAAAGCGGAUCGACUCAUUUAAGGACAUCAUCUCUGCUGGAGCUGAGACUACACCUGAUACGAUUGUGCGGGCAAUCACUGAGCUUGUGCGGCAUCCCAACAUUAUAGAAAGACUUCAGAGUGAGCUCGACGAUGUGAUCGGUAAAGAAAGGCUGGUUGAAGAAGCAGACCUCAACAACCUCGAGUAUCUGCAGGCAGUGGUGAAGGAAACACUACGGCUGCACACAGUCGUUGGUUUGGGGAUUCCUCAUUUUUCUACGGAGGCAACGAAAGUAUCAGGAUACGAUAUCCCUGCCAACACCCAGGUAAUGCUGAACUAUUAUGCCAUUAACAGAGAUGCCAAGGUUUGGAAAAAUCCUCUGAAGUUUGAUCCUUCAAGAUUCUUAAACAGCCCUGUAGAUGUGCGAGGGCACCAUUACGUGCUUCUGCCCUUCGGUGCUGGGAGAAGGAGGUGUCCGGGCAUGAAUUUGGCGCUCGUCAAUGUGGCAUAUAACAUCGCGCAGCUGAUUCAUGCGUGCCCAAUCUCCCUGCCCGAAGGCUUGACUCAUCUGGACGUAGAUGUUGAAGAGAAGUUCGGAAUGACCGUAGCGAGGGGGAAUCCUCUGAAUCUACUCAUAAAGAGGCGACUGCCUUUGGACGUCUACCGUAGGGCAGGAUUGCAAUUAUCUGGUGUGUAAAGAAUUAACGCUCGUUCCUGUCAAUUAUUCAGCCUAAGGCUUCAAAGAAAGUUCAGUAGAAAUUAAGGCUCUGAAUUGCCUUUCUAUUGAAGCCAGAAAUCGGUCGCCGUUUAGCUUUUUCCUCGAUAAACCAAUAUUGGGUCGGUUGACGAGGUCAACCUACCAUACUCUCAUACUACCAUCUCAUUCAUAUGUAAGGCCUUUGUUCAUGAAAGUUCAUGAGUAAGCUCUAUCUAGCACCAAUGAUAUAGGGAUGAUGACUUGUUAGUGUGAUUAGCCUCAUUUGGCCUACAAUAACUUCUUGCUAUUUUUUGGCAUAUGUUAUUUUGCCGUGCAGUGGAACUAUUAGUCCGGGUAGUCUGAGAUAUACGCAGUGAUGACAUGUACUCGCAAGAGAGCCCCGCUAGGAAGGGGUUUCUCCGCGCCGCAGCAACUUCGUGUUAAACCAUCUCAUCUACACUAACAUCACGGCCGAAUUCAUUUGCCUAAGUCUCCCGAAGCAUUUACUUUUCCGUCUAAUAUCAGUCCAAGAAGUUUACU